AUGGCGCCCUCCUCUCUUCUCGUCGCUUCCACCGCCACAGCUCUCCUCCUCCUCUUCCUGUCGGCGUGCUCGUGCCGCGCGGCCGGCAACAGCCCGAGCGCCGUGGUGCUGCCGGUGAGGAAGGACGGCGCGACGGGGCAGUACCUGACCGGCUUCCGGCAGCGCACGCCCCAGGUGCCGGUGACGGCCGUGCUCGACCUCGGGGGCGGCACGCUCUGGGUGGACUGCGACGCCGGCCGCGCCCGCUUCGCGCUCCCGACGCAGCUCGCCGCCACCUUCCGCUUCUCCCGCAAGUUCGCGCUCUGCCUCACGUCGACCUCGGCGGCCGGGGUCGUCGUCUUCGGCGACGCGCCCUACGCGUUCCAGCCCGGGGUGGACCUCUCCAAGUCGCUCCUCUACACCCCGCUGCUCGUCAACAACGUGAGCACCGCCGGCGUCUCCGGCGAGAAGGACAAGUCGAGCGAGUACUUCAUCGGCGUGACGGCCAUAAAGGUGAACGGCCGCGCCGUGCCGCUGAACGCCUCGCUGCUGGCCAUCGACAAGCAGGGCGGCGGCGGCACCAAGCUCAGCACGGUGGCGCCCUACACCGUGCUGGAGACCUCCAUCCACAAGGCGGUCACGGACGCGUUCGCGGCGGAGACGGCCAUGAUCCCGCGCGUGCGGGCCGUGGCGCCGUUCAAGCUCUGCUACGACGGGAGCAAGGUGGGGAGCACGCGCGUGGGACCGGCCGUGCCGACGGUAGAGCUGGUGCUGCAGAGCGAGGCCGCGUCGUGGGUGGUGUUCGGGGCCAACUCGAUGGUGGCCGCCAAGGGUGGCGCGCUGUGCCUCGGCGUGGUGGACGGCGGCGCGGCCCCGCGGACGUCGGUGGUGGUCGGGGGCCACAUGAUGGAGGACAACCUGCUGGAGUUCGAUCUGCAGCGGUCGCGGCUCGGGUUCAGCUCCUCCCUGCUGUUCCGGCAGACGACCUGCAACAAUUUCCGCCUUGGGUAG